AAAUCCAAAUUUUUAAUAAAAUUCCAAAUUUUAAUUAAAUAAAUUUAAAACAAUAACAAAAUUUCAUCGAGGCAUAAUUAUAUUAAAGUAUGGAAAAUAAAUGCAUAUUAAAUGAUCGAAAUUUUACAGCUGGUGGAGAGUGUUACUUCAGACAAAAAACGAUUUGGCUUUUAAGUGAAUACAACCAUUCAUAGUAUCUCAAUGAAAAUAAUAACAAUGAUGAUGUUCAUGUUAUAGCGAAGAUUUAACCGCAUCUAGAAAAACCAAAAAAUAUCGACAUAAUAAGAACACAAAAAUUAAGAAAACUAAAUAAGUUCAACAGAAAGCCGAUUGAUAUUAGAAAAAGAUUCGUUCGCUGAUUGAAAUAAUCGUGCAUUCCAAAAAUUCAAAAGCGAGUUAAUGAUUGUUGGUUUCUGCUUUUAUUGAAAAUUUUGUUUUUGAUAAAAAAAUUAAAAAAAUAGAACUCAAAAACUAUUAUGAUAUUCAGCUAAAUUAUAGCUACUUAUCCUUUAUCUUAAAAAAAAAAUCGGUUAAGAUGAUCUAAGAGUGUACGAUUUAGAAAGUUAUAGCCUAUAUCAUUUAAGAAAAUAUUAAUCAAGCUCAAAUAGAGACAAACAUACUUACCUACAUUCAAAACGAUAGAAAUUAAUUUUCGAAAACCGCCGCGAAUGUGUUUUAACGGCAAAUCAUUUAGAAGGACAUAGCAUCCGUCAAACAUUUUUGAUUUUUGGGGACAGUGUACAGAUUACAUUAAACAACACGGAAAAACAAACUUCUGUCGCCGCCGCCGUGAAAAGAGGCGCUCUAUAAAGCUGGUGAUACAAAAGUAACUACUGCAGAAAAGUUUAAUUAUUUUAAACGAAAAUUUUUGAGAUUCAACGGAAAAAGGCGUUUAACAUCGCCAGAACAAACAAUCAGGGACAUGGACACUCUCCUGUUUGCUAUGUUCAUCUUCCUUGUGAUAAUAAAAGAAAGCUGCCAAGGCCCACACGAAAAACGCUUACUAAAUCACCUACUAUCUAACUAUAAUACCCUAGAACGACCCGUAGCAAAUGAAUCAGAACCACUUGAGGUAAAAUUUGGUUUGACACUGCAGCAAAUAAUUGAUGUGGACGAGAAGAAUCAACUUCUUAUAACCAAUCUUUGGCUUUCUUUGGAGUGGAAUGACUAUAAUCUACGAUGGAAUGAUUCAGAAUUUGGAAAUGUCAAGGAUCUUCGAAUAACACCGAAUAAACUGUGGAAACCUGAUGUUCUUAUGUACAAUAGUGCGGAUGAGGGAUUCGAUGGCACGUAUCACACCAACAUUGUGGUCAAACAUAACGGCAGUUGUCUGUACGUGCCCCCUGGUAUCUUCAAGAGCACAUGCAAGAUAGACAUCACGUGGUUCCCAUUUGAUGACCAACACUGCGAAAUGAAAUUCGGUAGUUGGACUUACGAUGGAAAUCAGUUGGAUUUGGUUUUGAAUUCCGAAGAUGGAGGGGAUCUUUCCGAUUUCAUAACAAAUGGCGAGUGGUAUUUGCUUGCCAUGCCAGGAAAAAAGAACACAAUCGUCUAUGCAUGCUGCCCCGAACCUUACGUUGAUGUUACAUUUACGAUACAAAUACGUCGACGAACACUUUAUUACUUUUUCAAUUUAAUCGUACCGUGUGUGUUAAUAUCAUCGAUGGCUUUAUUAGGAUUUACUCUUCCACCCGAUUCCGGAGAGAAAUUAACAUUAGGCGUUACAAUACUUCUAUCAUUAACAGUUUUCCUUAAUCUCGUUGCGGAAUCAAUGCCGACAACGUCGGAUGCUGUUCCUCUUAUAGGCACUUACUUCAAUUGUAUUAUGUUCAUGGUGGCGUCAUCUGUUGUGCUGACUGUCGUGGUACUAAAUUAUCAUCAUCGCACUGCGGAUAUUCACGAAAUGCCACCGUGGAUAAAAUCAGUUUUCCUACAAUGGCUUCCAUGGAUUUUACGAAUGGGUCGGCCCGGUAGGAAAAUAACUAGAAAAACAAUAUUGCUAAGCAAUAGAAUGAAAGAGUUAGAAUUGAAGGAACGUUCUUCAAAAUCCCUGCUAGCAAAUGUAUUAGAUAUUGAUGACGAUUUUCGGCAUACAAUAUCUGGAUCACAAACAGCAAUAGGAUCAUCGGCAAGCUUUGGCCGGCCGACGACGGUAGAAGAACAUCACAACUCUAUAGGAUGCAAUCAUAAGGAUUUGCAUUUAAUUCUUAAAGAAUUGCAAUUUAUUACGGCGCGAAUGAGGAAAGCAGACGACGAAGCGGAAUUAAUAAGCGAUUGGAAAUUCGCUGCAAUGGUUGUGGAUAGGUUCUGUUUAAUUGUUUUUACACUUUUUACAAUUAUUGCAACGGUGACCGUACUGCUGUCAGCUCCUCACAUCAUAGUGCAAUAAAAUAAGUAUAAUAUUUAUUUAGCAUUAAUAGUUUCAAAUGUAAAACAAAUUGAAAACAAACAACAAAAAAAAACAAAAUUAUUAUAUAUUAUUAUUAUUAUAUAAAAACAAACAAACAAAAAUUUGAAAUAAUAUUAUUUAUAGCGUUGUUAAAUAAUAUUGUAAGCUCAGAAUAUAAAAAUUAAAAUUAAAACAAAAAAAAUACUUCAAUACACACAAAGAAAAAAAAACAAACAUACAUCAUCCACACAUACACACAUAUUCACAUUCAUUAUGAAGGAAAAAUAAUUAAAAUAAAAACAAAUGCAAAAACCUACAAUAAUAGUAAUUAUAAUUACCAAAGUAAAUUUAUAUAGUUAAAAAUUAAAAAAAAAAAAAAAAACAAAGAAAACAACUUGUAGAUAAUGAAAUUUAAUUAAAAAAUAAAACACCACACACUGAAAACAUACACAUACAAGCAUUAUACACACCCAUACACAAAACAAAAACCUAUAUAAAAAAUAAAACUGCCGUUAUUUAUAUGAAUACGAAAAAAUAAUAAUUAUAAAUAUAAAAAUACAUAAUUUGUAAAAAUACACAAAAACCCAAAAAAAUUAAAAACAAAAAACUAGUUAAACAAAAAUAAUAAAUACAUUGGACCUUCAUCCAUAUGAAUUUUUACAUAUAUAAGCAUAUGAAAAAAAAAAAAACAAAACAAAAAUAAAAUAUAAAUAUAUUAUUUAUUUUUUUAUUUAGGACAGAUUUUAUAAAGAUACAGAGAGAUUGUUCCUAUGAAACACACAAAACAAAUAAGAAAAACAAAAAAUUAUAUGAAAAACAAAUUAAAACAAAAUAAUGAAGAAAACAAAUAUUGAACAUAUUUAUGUAUUUUUAUUGUAUAAAUAAAACAAAAAUAUGAAUGAAAGUAAGAGAAGAAGACAGAGAACAGACAAAAAUACAACAAAAAUUGCGGCUGCGAACGAGAAAACCUACAAAGAGAGAGAAAGAGAGAAUAAUAAAUUGCAAGAAAAAUGCAAACAAAAUGAAAAUAUUUUUGUUACAAAUUUCUCAUAUUUUUUCUUAAAAAACAAAAAAACCAACACUAAUUUUUAUAUAAUUUUAUUUUAUUAAUUUUAAUCUAAGUGUUUUUUAUUUGAAUGUUUAAAUAAAAAAUAGAAAACAAAACUUUAUACAUACAAUAUAGUUAUAAAAAGAAAAUAUAUACAUUAAAUUAAAGAACAAAAAUAGGAACACCAUAAAUAAGAAAAUAAUAUUUAUAGAAAAAGAAAACAGAAAUACACAAAAAGAAAACCAACCAAAAUUGAGAAAAAAAAAAACAAAAACAAAAACAACUCACUAUAAAACUCAUAUAAAAUGUUAUAUAGAUAUUAUUAUACCUACACUCAUAAAUAAUGUAAAAUAGAAUGAAUGAUGCAUUACAAAAACAAGUU